UUUAGGGUUUCGAUCACAAUCUGGUACUUCUCUUAAUCAAAGGAAUUUUUAUUUUGAUUUUGAGGGUUUUAUUGGUUUGAACUUAGCUCUCUAGCUCGUGAAAGUGUUGUUAGUUCGUCGUGGAAAUCAAUUCCUUCCCUGUGUUCUUCUUCAACAACGUUUAGUAAUUUUUUCGUAGAUGUUUAAAUCUCUAACUUGUUGAUAGAGAUAGAUGUUAUUAUUGCCAAAUUAGGUGUACAAAAGAAUGUGGAAUUUUCUGUUUGAGAUUAGCUUCUCUAGUAACCUUCUUUGCAAUUCAUGAUGCCAAUUGCUAAGUAUGUAACUAUGUCUGGUAUGUGAGCUGGGAUCAUAUGAUACCUGACUAUCGACUCAAAGAGAAUUAUGUUAAGUCAAUCAAGGCUUAGUUCUGAGGCUACAGUGUGUGUGGUCGAUGUGCUGUUAUGGUGGAAUUGGAUACUAAAAUAUGUCUAAGAGUGGGACUGCAAUAUGACCUUCUUAGUUUAUUCGAUGUUUUGGUUGCAGAAGAGGAGGUCAUGGACGUUUCUGCUAGAAAGUCACAAAAAGCUGGGCGCGAAAAGUUGAGGAGGGAAAAACUGAAUGAGCAUUUUGUUGAACUGGGAAAUGUACUCGAUCCAGAGAGACCCAAGAAUGACAAAGCCACGAUUCUGACUGAUACUGUUCAGUUGUUGAAAGAGCUCACAUCUGAAGUCAACAAACUGAAAUCUGAGUACACCGCAUUGACAGAUGAGUCCCGCGAGUUGACACAGGAGAAAAACGACCUGAGAGAAGAAAAGACAUCGCUGAAAUCAGAUAUAGAGAAUCUCAAUCUUCAAUACCAGCAGAGAUUAAGGUCAAUGUCUCCAUGGGGAGCUGCGAUGGAUCACACAGUCAUGAUGGCUCCACCACCCUCCUUUCCAUACCCUAUGCCUAUUGCUAUGCCUCCCGGGUCAAUCCCAAUGCAUCCAUCAAUGCCAUCUUACACAUACUUUGGGAACCAGAACCCUAGCAUGAUCCCAGCUCCAUGUCCUACAUACAUGCCCUACAUGCCUCCUAAUACAGUCGUUGAGCAACAAUCCGUGCACAUUCCACAGAACCCCGGUAACCGUUCUCGGGAACCUAGAGCAAAGGUUUCAAGAGAGAGCAGAUCUGAGAAAGCAGAGGACUCCAACGAAGUUGCAACACAACUCGAAUUAAAAACCCCUGGAUCUACUUCUGAUAAGGAUACAUUGCAAAGGCCAGAGAAGACAAAGAGAUGUAAGAGAAACAACAACAACAACUCAAUAGAAGAAAGCUCUCAUUCUAGCAAGUGUUCAUCUUCUCCGAGCGUACGAGACCACAGUUCUUCCAGUAGCGUAGCUGGUGGCCAAAAACCUGAUGAUGCAAAAUGAUUCGAAAGAAUCUGAUGUUGAUCAUCUCAAGUAUCCAAGUAUCGUUUCGAUGAGUACUGUAUAUAGUGCGAGUACAAAAUGCACUUAGCUGUUUAAAGCAGUGUUUUGAUGCACCGUGGCAUUCGUUUUCCUCGGAUAGUCAUUUCUCAGAUGAUUUUCAUCCUUAAUAGGUCUGCUUUAGUUCUAAAACUCGGAUGAUUUGUAAUUUCCAGUGUCCAAAUCUACUAAUUUUAUUAAUCCUAUAAAUUAAACAAACUUAUAUCUUGAUUUUUUUUUAAAAAUCAUAGAUUAUUUAUACUAUUGUACAAAAAGAAUUACAUUUAAA